AUGAUGUCGAUGAACAGCAAACAGCCUUUCAGUAUGCACCCGAUGCUGCACGAACCCAAAUACGCUCCUCUGCACUCCAGCUCGGAGGCCAUCCGCAGGGCCUGCCUGCCCAACCCGUCGCUUCAGGGCAACAUCUUCGCCGGCUUCGAUGAGACGUUGCUGCAGAGAGCGGAGGCUCUGGCCGCUGUGGACAUCGUGGCCCAGAAGAGUCACCCGUUCAAACCCGACGCGACCUACCACACCAUGACCACCAUGACCAGUAUGACCUGCACCCCGACCUCCUCCUCCGGGCACCUGCACCACCCGUCCGUGCUCACCUCCCACCACCACCCGGUGCACCACCACCAGUCGUCGCAGGGUCUGGACGGCGACCUGCUGGACCACCUCACACCGGGCAUCUCCCUGGGAGGCAUGGGCGGCUCGGACGUCUGCUCCUCCUCGCACAGCCACGCCGCCCACAUGUCGGCCAUCAACCACAUGCAGCACCAUCACCACCAACAGUCCAUGAACAUGCACCCGCACGGGCUGGGCUCCCACGGAUCCCUGGGCUCCGGCGGGGACGUGGAGCCCGAUCCCCGGGAGCUGGAGUCCUUCGCCGAGAGGUUCAAACAAAGGCGGAUCAAGCUCGGAGUGACCCAGGCGGACGUGGGCUCGGCCCUGGCCAACCUCAAGAUCCCCGGGGUGGGCUGCCUGAGCCAGAGCACCAUCUGCAGGUUCGAGUCCCUGACCCUGUCGCACAACAACAUGGUGGCGCUGAAGCCGAUCCUGGAGGCCUGGCUGGAGGAGGCGGAGCGGGCGCAAAGGGAGAAGAUGAACAAGCCCGAGAUCUUCAACGGGGGCGACAAGAAGCGGAAACGCACGUCCAUCGCGGCCCCGGAGAAGCGCUCCCUGGAGGCCUACUUCGCGGUGCAGCCGAGGCCCUCGUCGGAGAAGAUCGCAGCCAUCGCCGAGAAAUUGGACCUGAAAAAGAACGUGGUCCGGGUUUGGUUUUGCAAUCAGAGGCAAAAGCAGAAACGAAUGAAGUUUUCUGCGACGCACUAA